UGAGGUGCCCCCCCCCCCCUGCUGCUGGUCCCCGACGCGGCGCUGUGUGCCCAGCUCUGCUCCUUCCUCGUGGAUCACGUCUUCACACACACACACGCCCCCUGGUGCCCCCCCUCCCGCCUGCACUGUUUGCAGCGGCGCCGUUUGCUGCUGGCUGCGUUCUGCAAACUGCUGCUCUGUGGGGUCAUGGAGCUGCGCUGCGCUGCAGGAGUCCUAAAGCACUACCACACCUUCUAUGGGGACUUUGGGGACAUCAUGAAGGCGCUGCUGGUGGCGGCUCGAAGGAUGGACAGGACGGGAUGGGCACAAACGGUGCUGCUCAGCCUGCAGCAGGUGCUGGAGGAGCUGCUGCUGGAGCACGGCCCCGAUGUCAGUGGGGUUCCCGGCUUUGGGGCGCUGCGGGAUUUGGGGCGACGCCUGGCGCUGCAUUUCGGGCCCCGAGCGCAGCCCUAUCGCAGGGAGCUGCUGCAGCUGCACCGGGCCGGCAUUGCCUUUGCUCUGCAGGGGGGCCCUGGGGGGGGUCCCGGGGGGGCUCCCCUUCACCUGCCCUUCCUGGAGGUGUUGGCCGAGUUCUCACCGCGGCUCCUGCACAGCGACAGGAGCCUGAUUCUGUCCCACCUCCGCUCCGUGAGCUGCUGGCGCUGGGGUGUCACGUGGUGGCCGCCGGUUCUGACCUACACUCACUCGCUGCUGCCGCCCAGCGGCGACUCGCGGCAGCACAAGCGGCGCCGGACACACGAGUCGUGGCUGGGCAGCAGCCCCCCCCCCAGCCCCACACUGACCUCCACGGUGCUGCGGGACCCACAGCGCCCCCCCCCGGCCCCACCGAGCCCACAGACCUCCGGGGUCAGCAGCAUCAUGGAGGAGGAUGAUGAGGAGGAGGAGGAGGUGACCCCCCCCGGGGGGCUCAGCAGCAGCGGGGAGACCCCCAAGGAGCGGCUGGACGGGCUCCAGGCCCUUUUUGAUUCCGACGUUCUCAGCAUUGAGGUGAA